UUAGGAUAUCGCGAGAUUCAGGCCUGAACUGAGGUUGUUGAUUUCAAGCGCGACCAUGGAUGCUGAGAAGUUCAGCGAGUACUUUGACAACGCGCCAGUGUUUUAUGUUCCUGGGCGUCGAUACCCGGUCGACAUUCACUAUACACCACAGCCAGAGGCCAAUUACCUGCACGCAGCCAUCACCACCGUCUUCCAGAUCCAUACAACACAACCCAAAGGCGACAUCCUUGUGUUCUUUACGGGCCAAGACGAAAUCGAAGCAGCCCAAGAAAACCUGCAGGAAACCGCUCGAGCGCUCGGGAAUAAGAUCGCCGAGUUACUCGUUUGUCCAAUCUACGCCAACUUGCCCAGCGAUAUGCAAGCCAAGAUCUUUGAACCGACGCCGGAGGGCGCAAGGAAGGUCGUACUCGCUACAAACAUCGCAGAGACGUCAAUCACUAUCGAAGGUGUGGUUUUUGUCAUCGACCCCGGGUUUGUCAAGCAAAAUUCGUAUAAUCCUCGUACUGGCAUGUCUUCCUUGAUCGUGGUUCCGUGUUCUCGUGCGUCAGCCAACCAAAGAGCAGGCCGUGCAGGUCGUGUGGGGCCUGGCAAAGCUUUCCGGCUAUACACGAAAUGGGCGUUUUCAAACGAGCUCGAGGAGAAUACCGUGCCUGAAAUCCAGCGGACGAACCUUGGGAUGACUGUCCUGAUGCUGAAAUCACUCGGCAUUAACAACUUUAUGGACUUUGAGUUUAUGGACCCACCUCCGGGAGAGACGCUUAUCAGGGCACUAGAGCUGCUCUAUGCUCUUGGGGCAUUGAACGACCGUGGAGAACUGACCAAACUGGGUCGACGAAUGGCAGAGUUCCCUGUUGAUCCCAUGUUGUCCAAAGCCAUCAUUUCCAGCGAGAAGUACUCGUGUACUGACGAGGUGCUGACCAUUAUAUCAAUGCUCUCCGAGUCUUCGUCGCUGUUCUAUCGUCCCAAAGACAAAAAGAUGCACGCAGACCAAGCACGUCAAAACUUCGUUCGCGCAGGAGGAGAUCACUUCACGUUGCUCAACGUCUGGGAGCAGUGGGCCGAUACGAAUUAUUCGCAACAGUUCUGCUACGAGCAAUUCUUGCAGUUCAAGAGUCUCAGUCGGGCGCGGGAUAUUCGGGAUCAACUUGCUGGGCUUUGCGAGCGUGUUGAAGUCGUUAUUCAGAGUAAUCCCAACGCAAACGAUAUCAGCGCUGUGCAGAAAGCUAUCACAUCGGGGUACUUUUACAAUACUGCCCAACUCCAGAAGAGUGGCGACUCUUACCGGACGCUGAAGACGCAUCACACUGUAUAUAUCCACCCCUCAUCAAGCCUUUUCCAACAUCAACCGCCCGUCAAAACCUUGCUAUAUUAUGAGCUCGUCAUGACCUCAAAAUCAUACAUGAGACAAAUCAUGGAAAUUAAGCCGUCAUGGCUAAUGGAAGUCGCUCCUCAUUACUUCAAGGCUGCAGACCUGGAGCAGCUGACUACUGGUGAUAAGAAGUUGCCCAAUGCGAAAGCGGUUGGUUCGUCGGGGGCAGCAGCUUCAUGACGUGCGCCCUUUGGGUAGUGACCCAUGCUGGACUGCAUUUGGUAUUCCCUCGUAUCAUGAUUCAUAUGUUCCGGAUAGUAGUGCAUUAUUUGUGAUUUUGCAUUGGAGUUGUGGGUGUAUUGCCCAGGAUAAGCUUGUGGCCUGCACA